AUGGCUCCUCGAUCGUAUCAAUCAAGUUCCAGUGCUUUGUCCAAUCUUACAGCACCAAGUAACAGUGUUGCUACUUGUACUAGUACAUUUGGUUCAGGUACAGGUUCAAUUGUUUAUUCACCUAAAAAGACAAGAGGAAAGAAGCAACGCGUGAUGUCACUGUCAUUCUCAUCGGCUGCGAGAAAGGAGAAGAAAAGAGAAAUGGAAGAGACGGAAAGACAGGAACAGGAAUGCACCAAACGUAUGUCGUACUCGAUGGAUGAACAGGAAGAAAUGAGACCUCAUGCAUCUACAUGGGAUUCAGAUAGUGAAGAUGACUAUGAAGAUACGAAACGGACACCUGGACUGGAUCGUCGCUCUCAGAGUAUGGACUUCAUGGAACAGGCACCGACACACCUUAUUUCAAAAAUUUGGCGCAAGUUACCGAUUCAGGCGCGUCUUAUCGGUGGACGUGGUAGUGUUGAUUUGGAUCUGCAGAAGGAUCGCGCAAGUUUUUCGCGCAGUUCGGAGGCGCGAAAAUUUGCUUUAGCUGCCGAGAAAGCCAAAGCAGCAGAACUUCAUCGUCGCUCACUUUCGGAAUCGAAGGAGCAUUCGCCAGUCUCUCUUGAAGAGGUAUUGGCGCCUGGGGUUGCGAAGCGCACACGUUUUAGUCUGAAACUCAAAGUUAUUCCAUUCGACGCAAACGACGGCGCGGCGGGUGCGUACACGGCACUGGAAAGUUACGAUGAUGUGUUGGUGCGCGUAUGCAAGUUUGCAGCCCAUGACCAGCGGCCAACCACGACGAAAGUACAGGAGUUCCUUGAACGCUCUUUGGCUUUCCUUCACGGCACGCGGACCAAGCAUGGCAACGUUGUGAACAUUUCAAAUGGGGAGAUCCGCAUGUGGCGCCGAUUGGCUUUGCACGACUGGACAUUAGAGGAGGUGACGACGGCACAGGCUGCUGCUGCUCUAGGUGUUAAAGGCAAGGACGUUGAAGCUCCGUUAUCGCGCAACAACUGUGCCGUGACGGAGGGCAGUGAUAGUGAUAGUGACAACCAGCAGUCAAGAGGACGUCGGAGAUUGCACAGUUCGGCACUCCACCGAUCUUUGAGUGAGAGCGUGGUUGAGGAGGAGCCUGAGAUGGAGGCAGAAGAGGAUGAGGAAUUGAACGUGCCGUCUAGCACGAAGUUUGCCAAGCUGUGCGACGUGAUCAACUGUUGCGUAAACUUUGGCGAGGUGCUGUUCACGCCUGACGAGGUAAAGGAUCUGGUGCGUCUCGAGUUUAUUGUGGAGGAGGACGGCUGGAUUUAA